GUGGCCAUUAUGUAGAGCUGAGCCCACCCUUGUGAACUGCGUCUCCUUUGUCAUUUACCACUUUUCCGCAAUUCUCCUCGGUCUAUGGCUGCCAGUGCCUCCACCUCUUCAUCUUCUUCCUCCCAUCCAAGCUGGACCUAUGACGUCUUCUUGAGUUUCAGAGGUGAAGACACGCGCAAGAACUUCACCGACCAUCUCUAUUUUGCUCUAAGAGAUGCCGGAAUCAACACCUUCAGAGAUGACAACGAGCUUCGAAGAGGAGAAGAUAUUACAUCCGAACUGUUGUUGGCAAUACAAAGGUCCAAAAUCUCUAUCAUCGUCUUCUCCAGAAACUAUGCGGCCUCUAGGUGGUGCUUGGAGGAACUUGUGAAGAUCAUGGAGUGCCGAAGAACAGUGAGACAGCUGGUUCUACCUAUCUUUUAUGAUGUUGAACCGUCGGAUGUGCGCUACCAAAAGGGUAGUUUUGCUCAAGCAUUUUUGAAACAUGAAGAGCGUUACUUGUUGGACAUAGACAAGGUACUCAGGUGGAGGAGAGCUCUGAUUGAGGCUGCUAAUUUGUCUGGGUGGGAUCUAAGAAACACUGCGGACGGGCAUGAAGCCAAAUUUAUUAGGAAAAUUGUUGAAGCGGUUUUAAGGGAAGUCAACAGCACGUACUUAUAUGUCACACUCUAUCCAGUUGGAAUAGAUUCUCGCGUGCAAGCCAUCACUUCAUUGUUAAGGGUUGGAGUCGAUGAUGUCCGCAUGGUAGGAAUUUGGGGAAUGGGUGGAAUGGGGAAAACAACCAUUUCUAAAGCCAUAUAUAACCAAUUUUUUCAUAGUUUUGAAGGUAAAAGUUUUCUUGCAAAUAUUAGGGAAACUUCUAAGCAACUUGAUGGUCAGGUUCGAUUGCAGGAGCAACUUCUUUCUGAUAUCUUAAAGACAGGCAAGAUAAAGGUGAAUAAUGUUGAUAGAGGAAUUACUAUGAUAAAAGAAAGACUUCGUGAUAGAAGGGUACUUGUUAUACUUGAUGAUGUAGACCAAUUGGAGCAACUCAAUGCCAUAGCUAGAAGUCGUGAUUGGUUUGGCCCAGGAAGUAGGAUUAUUAUAACAACUAGAGAUGAGCAAUUGAUUAAGGCCCUUGAAGUGGACGAAGUGUAUAUAGUCCAAGAACUGAGUGAAAAUGAAUCUUUGGAACUCUUUAGUUGGCAUGCCUUUAGGAAUAGUUAUCCCACCGAAGAUUAUAUGGACUUGUCAAGAAGUGUCGUUGCUUAUUCUGGAGGAUUACCACUAGCUCUUGAAGUUUUGGGUUCUUUUCUAUUUUCUAGGAGCAUGCAAGAAUGGAAAAGUGCAGUGGAGAAAUUGAAAAGGAUCCCUAAUGAUCAAGUUCAAGCAAAACUUAGAAUAAGCUUUGAUGGAUUAAGUGAUAGUACUCAAAAGGAUAUAUUCCUUGAUAUAUCAUGUUUUUUUAUCGGAAUGGAUAAAAAUUAUGUUAUACAAAUAUUGGAUGCCUGUAACUUUUUUGCAGAGAUUGGAAUUAGCGUCCUUAUUCAGCGGUGUCUUCUUUCAAUUGGUGAGAGAAACAAACUCAUAAUGCAUGAUUUGCUUCGAGACAUGGGAAGAGAAAUUGUUCGUGAAGAAUGCCCCAAAAUACCAGAAAAGCGUAGUAGAUUAUGGUUGCAUGAGGAUGCAAUUGACAUAUUUGCAAAGCAAGAGGGAACAAAAGCAGUUGAAGGACUUGCUUUAAAAUUGCAAAGAUUAAGUACAGUGACUUUCAGUACAAGAACAUUUAUAAAGAUGCAGAGAUUGAGAUUACUCCACCUUGAUCAUGUACAUCUUAUUGGAGAUUAUGAGCAUAUUUCCAAAGAUUUAAGGUGGCUCCGUUGGCAUGGAUUCCCUCUAAAGCUUUUUCCAAACAACUUUUACUCAAGAAACUUAGUUGCGAUUGACUUGCGUUAUAGCAACCUCACACAAAUUUGGAAAAACUCCAAGGAACAGUUCGAGAAGUUGAAAUUCCUAAAUCUCAGUCAUUCUCAUUACCUAUCUCAAACCCCUAACUUUGCAAGACUCCCUAAUCUUGAGAAACUAAUACUCAAAGAUUGUACGAGUUUGUUUGAGGUUCACCAAUCUAUUGGAGAUCUUAAUAAUCUUGUUUUGGUAAAUUUGAAAGAUUGUAAAAGUCUUGAAAGUCUACCAAAGAGUUUCUAUAGGUUGAAGUCUCUUCAAACUCUCAUUAUUUCUGGUUGUUCUAAAAUUGACAAUUUGGCUGAGGAGUUGGGGCAGAUGGAAUCCUUGACAACUUUUCUUGCAAAUGACACCGCUAUAAGACAAGUGCCAUGUACCAUAGUACAACUGAAGAACCUCAAAUACCUGUCGUUGUGUGGGUGUAAAGGAUCACCAUCUAAGACCCUCCCUUCGCUUCUUUGGUCUUUCAUAUACCCAAGGAAAAGUCCAAAGUCAGUCAAUUUAUUGCCUGCUUCACUACAAGGUUUGGUCUCACUUACAGAUUUAUGUCUAAGCGAUUGCAACUUAUCAGAUGAUGCAAUUCCUAAAGAUCUUGGGAGUUUAUAUUCUCUUCAAUAUUUAGAUCUACAAAACAAUCAGUUUCAUAGCUUACCUUCGAGCCUUGGUGGUCUUUCAAAACUUCAUACUCUCGAUUUGGAUUAUUGCACAAAGCUUCAAUCAAUUCCAGAUUUACCACCAAAUUUGAAUAGUCUUCGCGCAACAGACUGCACAGCGUUGGAAAGAAUGCCAAAUCUAUCAAAUAUCUCAAAUUUGGAAUAUUUGUACCUCGCUAAUUGCAAUAAAUUAGUCGAGAUUCCAGGCGUGGAUAAGUUGUUGAAGUCCAUUAGAGAGAUUCAAAUGGAAGGGUGCAGCAAUCUAACAAAUGCUUUUAAACAAAGAAUCCUGAAGGAAUGGAGUCUCAGAGGAUUUGGUAUUGCUUUGGGCAUUUUUCUCCCUGGCAGUGAUAUUCCUGAUUGGUUUACGUAUAAGGACGAGGGACCUUCCUUACGUUUUAAAGUGCCUCACAUUAUUGACGGUAAUAUCCAAUGGUUCACUGUAUGCAUUGUUUACUCAGCAUGUCCUGACAGGAUACUAGGUCUUGGUCUUCCUACCAACAGCAUUUCAAUAAUCAAUUAUACCAAGGGUAGGACUGAGACUAUGAGUCCAAUAACAACUAAUGCAGUAAAUACCGAUGACGAUGGAGAUCACAUGUGGCAAGCCAAUUUUUCUAAACAUUGGUUCCAAUCGGAGGCCGGUGAUGAAGUAGAGGUUAUCGUAGAUUUUGGGUUGGGAUUUGAUGUUAAGAAGAUAGGUGUUCGCCCGGUAUACGACAUGGUUAUUGAUGGAAAAAUGAUUCACUAUUCCUCUACAUCGAAUAAGGGUGUCAUUGUUGUUAGUGACGAUGAAGAUGCAUCUACAGAUCAGGUUGCAAUUGAGUCUAAAAGAAGCCUCGGUGUUUUUAAAGCAGAAUCGAGCCAUGGUUGCUUGGAUGAUGAACGAGAGCCUAAAAGAUUGAGAUGUGAUCAUAAUUCUGAAAUGAGUAUAGAAUCUAUAGAUGACGUUUGAAGAAGGAAAGCGCAUAUCACAAUAAGCAAGUGCAUUUCAUGAUUUUUUUUGGCUAAUUAUUUGAAUUAUGAAUCUGGGUUUCUCUAGAUUUGAUUUGUGUUCAAAGAUCUCAAUAUGGAUUCUCAUUUAUUUUUUUCAUCUUUUGGACAUUGAUUCUGAAGUUGUUAUAACGAUUUCUUGUGGCUUCAGUGAAGGUGGUGUACUUUCGAUUUUUCAAGUGGUUUGAUCACUUUUUGAAUUUCACUUUUGUUUCCUUUUUUCCUACAAGCGGGACAGAGUGCAAUCCCUAAGCAGUUGGAGGUUCCCAUGCAUCCCAUGGCGUCCAUAUUAUCUGAAAACUUUUACUGGUUUUAAAACAAUUCCAGUGUCCUAUUAUGCUUUUGGUGGUUAUUGCUUGCAGGCAGCCGACCGAUACUUCAUUUAGGCUAAUAGCUAGAGGAGAAGCAACUGAAAGCCAAGUCAUGAAAGGAAAUCAAAGAUUGUGCUACAACGUACACCUAGUAAUUCCCUUGGGUCUUUGAUUUCCCUUGAGACGGGAAUUUUGAUUUCUUUUUAAUAUUUGGUUGUGUUCAAAAUAUUGUAAUGGAAUGUUGAUUGUUGCAGAAUGCUUUUUGGUUUAUGGCCAAGUUUCUUUCAUUCUCUCUA